AUGUACCAACACGGCCAGUGUAACAGACUAACCAAGGUCCAUCCACAGGGCCAGUGUUUCAGACUAACCAAGGUCCAUCCACAGGGCCAGUGUAACAGACUAACCAAGGUCCAUCCACAGGGCCAGUGUAACAGACUAACCAAGGUCCAUCCACAGGGCCAGUGUAACAGACUAACCAAGGUCCAUCCACAGGGCCAGUGUAACAGACUAACCAAGGUCCAUCCACAGGGCCAGUGUAACAGACUAACCAAGGUCCAUCUACAGGGCCAGUGUAACAGACUAACCAAGGUCCAUCUACAGGGCCAGUGUAACAGACUAACCAAGGUCCAUCUACAGGGCCAGUGUAACAGACUAACCAAGGUCCAUCUACAGGGCCAGUGUAACAGACUAACCAAGGUCCAUCUACAGGGCCAGUGUAACAGACUAACCAAGGUCCAUCCACAGGGCCAGUGUAACAGACUAACCAAGGUCCAUCCACAGGGCCAGUGUUUCAGACUAACCAAGGUCCAUCCACAGGGCCAUUGUAACAGACUAACCAAGGUCCAUCCACAGGGCCAGUGUAACAGACUAACCAAGGUCCAUCCACAGGGCCAGUGUUUCAGACAAACCAAGGUCCAUCCACAGGGCCAGUGUAACAGACUAACCAAGGUCCAUCCACAGGGCCAGUGUAACAGACUAAACAAGGUCCAUCCACAGGGCCAGUGUAACAGACUAACCAAGGUCCAUCCACAGGGCCAGUGUAACAGACUAACCAAGGUCCAUCCACAGGGCCAGUGUAACAGACUAAACAAGGUCCAUCCACAGGGCCAGUGUAACAGACUAACCAAGGUCCAUCCACAGGGCCAGUGUAACAGACUAAACAAGGUCCAUCCACAGGGCCAGUGUAACAGACUAACCAAGGUCCAUCCACAGGGCCAGUGUAACAGACUAACCAAGGUCCAUCCAUAGGGCCAGUGUUUCAGACUAAACAAGGUCCAUCCAUAGGGCCAGUGUAACAGACUAAACAAGGUCCAUCCAUAGGGCCAGUGUUUCAGACUAAACAAGGUCCAUCCACAGGGCCAGUGUUUCAGACUAAACAAGGUCCAUCCACAGGGCCAGUGUUUCAGACUAAACAAGGUCCAUCCAUAGGGCCAGUGUUUCAGACUAAACAAGGUCCAUCCACAGGGCCAGUGUUUCAGACUAAACAAGGUCCAUCCAUAGGGCCAGUGUUUCAGACUAAACAAGGUCCAUCCAUAGGGCCAGUGUAACAGACUAAACAAGGUCCAUCCAUAGGGCCAGUGUGAUAGGAACACAGUGUUUUAGUACAAAGUAUUUAAGCUACUCGUUGCAUCAUCUCGUACUGUGUGUGUUAUCAUCAUUAUCCAGUGUGUUAAAUGGCUAAUGAACUGCUUCCGAUGUAAUUAAACUGGACCCCGACAUUUCAAAUGCUCUGAGACUGGUUUAUUUAACAGGUGAUGCAUAUUAUUUGUUUCUCCAUGUUUCUUUCAGAAAACAAUGCAUAUAUUUAGUGUAAAAAUCCUCUGAAAAUAUUAGACUGCCAUCCACACACCUUCAAGGUUAUCUUCCUAGCAACUGGGAGCGUCUUACUUUUGUCAUUAUAAAAGCCUCCAUUUUCUAAAUAGCAUACAUGCCCUCCUAUUCACCAGGAAAGCUUGUCAAAGAAGAUUUUAUGAAGAAAUCACUGUGAAAAACACAUCUACUCAAGUAUGUGGGUGUGGUGAAAAUGUCUUGUUCCUGUACAUAACAUUAGACACUUUAACCAUUGUUUGUUCCUGUACAUAACAUUACACACUUUAACCAUUGUUUGUUCCUGUACAUAACAUUAGACACUUUAACCAUUGUUUGUUCCUGUACAUAACAUUA